GCAUGCGCUUAAAACGUUAGCUUUUCAGCGUCAACACUGCGCCACACGGACGCAGAAGCGUAAACUUCAACAUAAACAACCUAAUGCGGGUGUCUCAAACGUUCUGCAGUGCAGGACAUUUUUCAGUAUUAAAAACCAUGAUACGACAUGUGAUAAACCAAAUAGUCAAUUAUUAAUCACAUUCUGUAUGUACCAUUGGAUUUAUUAGAUGUAUUAGAAUCUUAUUCCUGAACUUCAUGCACAGAACCAAAACAAGUGACUGUUACCAGCAUUUUUAUAUCCUUUUUAUAUUUUAAUAUAUUAGAUUUUUUAUAUAUUUUAUUUUAUAUCCUCCAGGGUCUCUGGUUCAAUCCUGAGGUUGGGUUAUGCAUGUUUGUGUUUCCUCUGGGUUCUCUGGUUUUCUCCAACAAAACCGUAGGUGAAUUGGCCAAGCUAAAUUGCCCAUAGGAUGUGUGUGAAUGUGUGUGUGGUGCCCUGUGAUAGAGUGGCAUCCUAUCCAUGCAGGGCGAAUUCUCCUGCCUUCGGCUCAGUGUUCCCAGGAUAGUCUUCGGAUGCACCAAAACCCUGAACAGGAUAUAGCUGUUACUGAAGAUGAAUGAACUUAAUGAAAUAAUGUCAGUUGUAUACAAAUUGCAGUUAGAUUCAAUUAGUGAUUACAAAUCUAAAGUCACAGAACUAUAGAUUUGGAAAUUUGAAAAAGUAAAUUUGAAAAAUUUCCUGUAAUUGUGACUGGUAUAAUGUUAAACUUUUCAUAUGAGGUAACUAGUCAAUUAUACUUUACAAUUAUACUACGGCUAUUUUAAGUAAAUAAUAAUUAUGACAGAAGUGAUUGUAAGUAGUUGAUUGUAAUCUUCAUAGACACCACAUCAUUAAAAAAUAAUUAUGAGAAUUGCAGUCCCCCUGCUUAUAUGACCACUAUCCUUGAGAGCCACUAUCCUAAUAAGACCAACACCAAUGUGAACUAUUUAAGACAAAUUAACCUCUCUCUUAGGACCAUGUCUGUUUAAGUAGUAGUAUUAGUUCAGGCAGAUAAUAAUGUAAAUCCUUCAUCUAUUACUCCUGCUACUGCUACUUUUUCUUGUUCAUUUUUUAAUAUUGGUCUCCUUUCCUAUUUUAAACUUCGUAACUAAAUUUGAGGUCCCUCCUAGUUCUUUAAAUACGUGCUCUCCUGUCCCUCCUCCAGCCUGUGCAGGAGCAAAGCAGUGCUUUAGACAACAAACACUUUCACUCACUCCACAAAGUCUCAACUCCACAGAGUCUUCAGCAUAUGAGCAUGAGGUGUGGUUUUUCCCAGACUAGCAACUUUAAACAUCUCUUGUGAAUGUGUGCUGCAGUUUAAUUUACAGACUAAACUGUUAUAAAAAGAUAGUCCUAAUGGAACACAUUUCAAGCCAAGAAACAGAUGAAAAUACUUAUGUCUGUUUUCAGAGAACACCAUCUCUUCGUCGCAAAUGGAGAAAACGCUAUGGAGGUUUGGAUGGCAACAAAUUGCUGGAGCCGAAUAAGGAGGAGGACAUGAGAGAGAAUGGUGUGAUGACAGAUGGCCUCUCUGAAAGGAAUGCCGCCCCUGUGAAGAGUGCAGAAGCUCAGGAGACCAGUCUUGCAGAGAAUAUUUCAAAUCCUGUGCCAAGAAAAGCUAUGCCUUCUCAGAGGCCUGUCAACUUUGUGGCUCCAGGGUCAACAGCUUUACCAGCAUUUAUCAGCAAUGGUGGCACAAAAGUGCCUCAGGCAGAAACAGAGCGAAUGCUCACUGCCCAGCCCUGGCCAAGCAUCAGCAGGACUGAGGCCCAGCCCAGCCAAUCCAAGAGAAAAGUAGCUGCUGAUGUGCUGUUCGACAGCUUCGCCUCCGGAGGAAGAGUCAGCACCAAUCAUUUCUUUGAGACCCUGUGGUGCUCUGGCAUUUUAAGAACUGACCCACGGAUUAAGGACUGCUAUGCACUGAUGAAAAAACUGCAGGAUGCUGAUGGGGCAGUGGACAGGAACACUUUCCAAAGGUGUGUGACAGGCUUUGUAUCAUUCAUUCUGAAAGCAGUGCAAGGCAGAUUUGUCAUUCCAGAUUUCUGUAUGUUUGCUGAAGAGAGCCAAAAGUUGUUCAUUAAAUGUAAACAGCUAUCUUCUGUAGAGGAGAAGGAAGACAGAAGCAAGGCCAGUGGAAAGUGGGGGAUUUCAAUCUGCACUGUUGAUGGCCAGAGGCUCUCUCUUGGGGACUGGAAUGAGCCUUGUGUUCUGGGAGAGAUUGCAUGGUCUCUUGUUUAUGGGCUUGCCGUGGAUCAGCUUGGAGUUGACCGUGUCCACAGACAUGUAGGAGUGGAGGAAUAUGCAAAAUAUGAGUCCCCCUUUACCCUGAGCAAACAAGGUGUCCCUCACACUCCCCUGACAGAGACAGGAGCUAUUAUAUGUGCAUCACUGCUGCAGUUAACAUUAAGGCAAGUUACAGAGGAAGAGGAGAAAUACGAGUCGGUUUUGAAUAUUGUAAGAAGAUUAUGUAACAAGGAACAUGCCAACUUAAACUGUACAAGUUAUCAAGGCUUGAGGAAGGACAUUAUUCGUCUACAUGCACUUUCAUUUUAUCUCCAAGAAAAGAAGUGCUUUCCAGAAGCCAUUGACAUAAAUGCUACACUGGAUCUCCUGUUACAGUGUUUGUCUACAGAAAUCACGUGUGAGUCUGGAGCAGCCUUGGCCGCGACUUUAGCUAAUGGUGGCCUCUGCCCUAUGUCAGGCGACCAGGUCCUCUCCACCUCAGCAGUUCGCAGUACUCUGUCCAUAAUGCAAGUGGCAGGAAUGAACAAUUACUCCAGAAUAUUCCAUUUUAAGACAUCCGUGCCUGCCAAAUCCAGCAGCUCUGGUGUUGUGUUGAUAGUAGUCCCUGGAGUGCUGGGCAUCACUUGCUGGUCACCAGAGUUGGAUGCAUAUGGAAACUCCUGGAGGGCUGUGCAUUUCUGUGAGGAGCUGGUGUCAGCUUUUCAGCUGCACAGCUUUGAUAUCAGGACUCCGUUCAGACAGGUGCUCUCCUACAGGCAAUGGAAAGUGGAGUCUGAGGGCUACCAAAUCAUGAACAUCCUAUUGGCUGCUUAUCGAGGGGACCUGCAGUCGUUACGGAGGUAUUUCCUCUCUGGAGCAGAUGUGAAUGCUGUUGAUUAUGAUGGAAGGUCUGCGCUUCAUGUGGCUGCCUCAGAGGGGCGUCUGGAGGUCAUCAAGUUUCUGAUGGAGAGCACUGGAGCCAACUGCACACUCAAGGACAGGUGGGGAAACACGGCUUUGCAGGAGGCUGUAAGAUGCAAUCAAGGACCUGCUGUGCAGCUCCUCACAAAGUACACAGACUACAAGGAAAUGUUAUGAUAGUACACCAACCCCAGACACAUAACCCCAGACAUUCAGGUUAUACUUUGCAGUGACAUAUAUACUGUUUUUGUAGUCCCUGAUUUGAGCUUUAAAUGGCUGGCACCAGACGUAUUUCGAUUUAGACCUUGAAUUUAAAUACAAACCUGGAUUUUAUGAGUUUGAAUAGUUAAUAUAACUGAUCUGUCAUACCUUGGUGUAGGUGAACAGAAGCUGAAUAUGUAGUACCAGGGCAUUAAGGAAUCUACACAUGGUUUGGUGAGUCUAGAAGUGCAGAAAAGUUGUAUAGCAAAGUGUGUUCAGGAGUUCUUCUGGUAUCUCAGUUUUUUAAUAAUCACCAAGAGUCAUCCAUGUGAGCAACAUUGUUUGUUCAAUAAAGAACUUUGUCUUAUGUCUAGUAUCUCUAAUUGUUACAGGGCUUAAUGAUAAAAGCAAAUGCACUGUACUUCAGUAAUAAUGGUAGAGAUGGUAAAAGUUAAGAGAAGUACACAAAGUUUCCAGUGAAACAGAAUGUUUCUAACCUGAUUUCAUUAUAGCCUCAGAACCUGCUUACACAGCUGACAGAGGAAUUUUGUCCAAAAUGCAGACACCAAUAACAGUGAAGGAGAGAAACCAACAUUUCACAUUUCAACCUACAUUCUCGUGGUUCAUCCGCAUAGCAAUAGAUAGGCCAUUUUCUCAAACUCUUUGAGUGCAAUCCCUGUAAGCCUGGAAAUAGUGGACAGGAAGUCUAGUGGUGUAUUGAAAGCCAACAAGAGUGAAGAUUUCAGAGGUUCCGCAAUGACCAAUAAAGAAAUACACUUUGAGUGAAGCCAAACUGAGAAAAGUCUAUAAGGUGGUUCAGGUGUGAGGAAAAGAAACUUGGCUAUACAGUAAAUAACACUUUCCUACAAUAUGUGAUUUGGAUUGUACCCAUAAUGAAUAAUAUUCUGGUCAUAA